AGGAUUGGGUCUUUCGAAUUUCCUCGUUUUUAGAAGUCGGUUCUAAGAAAACUUUUGGAAAGUGCCCUUUUCCCAUUUUCCAUCAAUUGACUUUUCAUUUUUUUUUUUUUUUAUAGUGGAUGUGUGUUUUAUACUUUUGUUUCUGUUUUGACUUAUGUCCUUGGCUUGCAUUAUAAAUGUACUCUGGUCGUUGACACCACAAACUGAUCUAGAGCUAUAGGAAGAAAUUAAGUUUAAACAUGUUGGGUAGGAAUCCGUCUAUCAGGGCAUGUUUUCCCGAAAGAUUCUCUGAUUCAAACUUUGAUGAUAGCGGACAAAACUCAAGGAGAAGCUACGCUGCAUCGUCUGCAACUGCAACUCCUAUUGAGAGCCAGCCUAAUUCCAGCGGAGCCAGCCGCUUUGCCAGUCUAGACGUGCCUCCCCACAAGCCUUCGACACAUGCUCCGACGCAAACCUCAGUUGCUGACCUUGUCAAUAAUAAUGCCUUUAAACUCCCACUCCCAAAUUCUGCACCUGCUCGACUGGAAUCACACCAGACUAAUGCUGCUAAUCACCAACAUAACAAGAAGGACGCUAGUGCUGCAACACCUGUUCAAGUGGUUGACAAAUUUCUAUCUAAGCCUUCUCUUGCAACUCCACCAGCCUCUACAUUACCAAGUUCAGUUCCUAUAGAUGGGAAUAAUUGGACUUCUAGAAGGCUUACCUUGUAUGCACCUUUAUAUCAAUCUGCGCUGAAAGGUGAUUGGGAAAAAGCUAAAGAGUUCCUAAACAUGCAUCCUGGUGCUGCAAAUGUCAGGAUAACAAAGGGAUGGGAAACAGCUCUUCACAUUGCUGUAGGGGCCAGACACAUUGGUUUUGUCGAGGAGCUGGUCAAAUUGAUGAGUGUAGCAGAUUUAGAACGAAGGAACAAGUACUGUAACACAGCGCUUUGUAUUGCAGCAGCUUCAGGUAUUACUAGGAUUGCCGAGGUGAUGGUGAAAAAGAACAAGUAUUUGCCAGGGAUAAGGGGGAACAAGGGAGUGACACCGCUCUACAUUGCUGCACUGUUUGGCCACAGAGACAUGGUUUGGUAUCUCUACAAGGUGACUGCUGCUGAGGAUCUAACUCGAGAGGAUUACAUUGGGUUGCUUAUUGCCACCAUCACUACUGAUUUAUUUGAUGUAGCUCUCUGCUUAAUUCAGCACCAACCAGAAUUGGCUAUUCUGCGUGAUUCAAAUGGGGAGACAGCACUUCAUGUUUUAGCUCGAAAGCCUUCAGCGUUUGUCAGCAAACAUGAGAUGGGAGCCUGGGAAAAGUUUAUCUACCCAUGGAUCUAUGUGGAACCACUAGUUAAAUCUAGUUGCCCGUCAGGCAUGUCCAAAUGCUGCUACUGUGAUAAAAACCAAGUGUUUAUCGGCUUAGCUGGAAAGUUUUGGCAUGCAAUAGAGAAAGCAAUCCCAGGAAAUAAAGCCGUUUACAAGAAAAAGUUACUGCAUAUGCAAGCUAUUGUGCUUGUGAAGCUGUUAUGUGAACAAAUUUUGUCAUUAGAAGACUCACAAAUUACGGAUAUUCUAAGAAGCCCUUCACAUGUACUGUUUGUUGCUGCAGAAUUUGGUGUUGUUGACCUCAUAACUGAACUUAUUCAGUCUUAUCCUGAUCUGAUAUGGAGAGUUGAUGAGCAUAGCCGUAGUAUUUUUCAUAUGGCAGUCCUUCAUCGCCAAGAAAAGAUUUUUAGACUAAUCCAUGAUAUAGGAGCACAUAAGGACAUGAUUGCUGCUUACAAAGACAAAAACAAUCACUGCAUACUGCAUUUGGCUGGAAAGAUAGCACCUCCAAAUAGACUUAAUAUCGUAUCUGGUGCAGCUCUUCAAAUGCAAAGAGAACUACUGUGGUUUAAGGAAGUAGAGAAGAAUGUACAACCAUUAUACAAGGAAAUGAGAGACAUUAAAGGUACAACACCUCGAAUGUUAUUCGCAGAAGAGCACGCAAAAUUGGUCAAGGAUGGAGAGAAGUGGAUGAAGAGCACUGCUUCAUCAUGCAUGCUUGUUGCUACACUAAUCACAACUGUAAUGUUUGCAGCUAUCUUUACUGUACCCGGAGGCAAUGACAAUGCCAAAGGCACUCCCAUAUUUUUGGAAGCUAAAUCUUUCAUAAUUUUUGCUGUAUCAGACGCAUUUGCAUUGUUCUCUUCAGUCACCUCUAUCUUAAUGUUCUUAUCCAUCCUCACUUCGCGUUACGCAGAAGAAGAUUUCCUCAGGUUGCUCCCACAGAGACUGAUUGUUGGUCUUGCUACCCUUUUUUUCUCCAUAGCAGCAAUGCUUGUAGCAUUUGGUGCAACCUUUUGCAUUGUCCUUAGCCAAAGACUGGCAUGGAUUGCUGUGCCAGCAGCCUUGAUUGCGUGUAUUCCUGUUACCUUAUUUGCCUUCUUACAGUUCCCACUCCUUGUUGAUAUGAUCCAAUCUUCAUAUGGUGCUGGCAUUUUUGCCUGAACCAGAAAAUAUGUUUCUCAGUUUUGGCAGAAAAUUCAUUUAUUCUUGAGCUAUAUCGAGCUUUUCUUUUUCCAACUUCAAAUUUGGGUAUUGGAAAAAUUACAAGCCAAUGGAAAUCAAAUGAGUCUAAUAUCCAUUGAGAAAAUUUUAUAAGAUCCUUUUCUUCGUGCAAUUUCUAUGUUAUCUGUUCGUUUAAGUGCACCUCCAGUUAAGUAUGCUAGAAGUAAGGUAAGCUUUCGGUCGGUUCCAUUUUAGAAAUUUGAAAAUCGAAUUAACAGACUUUACUUGAAAUAACUAACAGAACCAAGCCAAAUUAAAGUGAUUAAUGGAAAUAACCCAAACCAACUCAAAUCGGUCCUUAAACCUCAGUCAUGGCUUAGAGAGAAAAGAAGAAUAAAUGGUUGAAGAAGAAAAAAAUAAAAGAAAAAAGGGGUUUUAGAGAGACAUCGAAUUAAGGUUUUGAGUACUCAUCUAUUCUUUAUGUUUGGCUGCCAAAAAUUUUUGAAGCUUGAGCUCCAAUGCCAACCCUGUGUGCUUUUGAUGCCAAACCAUGCCCUUGAUUAUGAUUUCUUUGUAUGAGACAUCAUUGAAUUCCAUCUGUUUCUUUUCCUUCAAACUAACUACAGAAUAUUUUAACCUUUGGGUGCCCACCAUUGCUGAGGAGGUCUCCAGGUAUUAGCUAACCAGCACAAUUCAAGAGUAACAAAAUGCAACACUUCUAUAAAACAUCAAGAAAUUUCUUGCUGGAACUAUUUCAGCUGGGGUCCAUUACAUGGAUGCCUUUGAGUUUGGGUCAGACAUUAUUCUGAUGUUCAAAAUUUUGAUACAGAAAAGCUUUUGCGACUGUUUAGUUGGAAUCAGGCAUGUGAGGCUGGGCCAAUUCGACAGACAGGUUUGCUGAAAACAUGAGUAAGGUUAUUCAGAACUAGAAAUUGGAUGAGACAGGUUUUCUUUAAUUGUUGCUGCUGCCAUUGUAUUAUUCGCUGGAAAGACCUGCCCAUUGUUUUCCACUAAAGGACACCACUACAAACUCAUUUUGUUGGAUUUUUGUGAUAUCAAUUGAAUUCUAACAUCCACUGCCUGGUGGCCAUGUGCCAUGAAUGAGGAAGAGAUUUUUGCAGAAUUUGGGAUAAAAAUAUUUUGAGAUAAAACAGCUGGACGGUGGAAUCUCUAGUCAUUAUAGCCAAUCAGACAAAACUGUGACAUUCCAUGGACAUAGGGCGGUGACAACAGAAGAGUAAUUGGAGAUAAAAACCAGCCUAAUGCAGACUCAAAUUUUUAUUUACAAUUGUGGUCAUACCGGUCUAUUUCUGGCCAGCUAGUUCUGAUAUUUCUUAGUGCAUCAUAUGAUUCAUCUGUUGAAUGAAAUAAAGAAAGGGGGACUCCAUUGUAGGGAUGUAUUCUGAUUUGGGGUUUAAAUUUGGUGAAAAACAAUUACUAGCAUUUAAAUUAGUAAUGAUUUCAAUUUUGAUUGGAUUAAUUCAGAUCUUUAAUCAGAAGUAAGGCAAGCAAAUGGUUUUUAUCAUUGUUGAAUUAAAAUCUAAGAAAUACAACUGAAAAAAAAACCAAACCAACACUAAGGUCUGGUUCAAUUUUUUCAUAAUCUCCAUUUCUUAUCACAGCCCUACUCCAUGGUUUUUGAAAAAUCUGCAUCAUAUAUAUAGGUCAUGCCUUCUCAUGAAGAAAACAGAUUUUGCAUUCCAUUAUUUAUUUGGGGUAAUCAUCCAUGUUGAUUAGAUAUCACAUCUCUCUAAAUCACUAUAUGUUAGGUAUCAAAUGUGCUAUGUGUUACAGCAUUUACAUACACUCUCAAAAGAUGAAAAGGAAUUUGAAAGAACAACAACUUAUCAUCCUCUCUAAUGAAUUGGGUCGGGGAGAAAAUCAAACCCUCUGAUAGUCACCCUUCAGAAUCAAGACUUCAGAUGACUUCUUGCAUUUCUUUAACUGGCCAGAUCUUCUAAGCUUCUAGCUCAGGCUACCGUUGCCUCACAGUGUUUGGGAUGGUUGAAUAAGCUCAUUAUAGCUAUCCUUGUGGUUAAUGAUUGGGAAGAGGAUUUAUCAACCUUUCAUCCGUCGAAGAAACAAUAGAGGCAUAUUCUAUGAAGAUGAACAGGUUGAACUGUUAAGAAGGGAGCAAAAUAUAGCAAUACUAAAAAUUCAACAGAUAGUAAAACGAUUGAAAUUCCAACUUCUGCAAGCGUAU